AUUGCCAGAGAUGAGUCCCGAAGGGGGAGGCAGGGUCCUCUAUCGCCCACCCCAGCUGCCCUUCUUGUAUCUACAGCCAGUUUGGCAGGGAGCGGUGGAAGGGUCUGGAAGGAGCGGGGACCACCGCGGAGCACACAUACCGGGAGCUGGAGAGGCGAGGCCCAGCGUGAUAAGCCGAGAAGGGGCCAGCCCGGAAGGCGCUGCUUCACAGCCGAAGCUGUCCUCGGCUUGGGGAGCCGGAGAAGCUGUCGGGUCAGGGCCCUGGCGCAGGCCUAGCCGCUCCCCGCGACGCCUCUUUGCUCCCGGGAUCGGGGCCGCCAGCUCAGCGGUGGAGCCGAGGGAGCCCCCAGGCAGGCCUGCGAGCAAAGGCAGAGCCGCCGGGCGGUGGCCGCUUCUGCAAGGCGGCCGGAGAAGCGGGGACCCCCUCCCCUCCCCUCCCCGCGCCCCCCCCCACUCGCUCCCCCCUCUGAAACUUUGCUAACACUUCCGCGCUGGCUCCUCCUACCCGGGUGCCCAAUUGAUGGCCCUGCCUGUGUGUCUUUAAGGCUGGAGAGCCCGGGCGGACUUGGCUAGGACUGAACGGGCUCGCCCGCGGCCAGAGGCAAGGAAGACCCGACGGGACGCCCCCUCCCCAAGCCGCGCCGGGCGAGGCCAGGCAGGGGGAUGGGCCGGGGGGACCCUUGUGCGGCGCCGCUCGACUCUUAGGCCCGGAUCCAACGGGCAGCGGGGCGGGGGGGGGGAGAGGAGAGGAGCUUCCGCGCUCAAAGCUGGAGGGGGCGGCUCAGAGCGGCUGGCGCGCAGAGAUAACAACGCCGGGGGAUCUACAGCAGCAGCACCAUGACCCCAAGGGGGUGCUGAGCCCCAUCCCUACUCCAGGAGAAGCUGGGGGGCUCCCUCCCCCUCCCUCCCGCCUCCCUCCCGCGGGCCAUGACCUCCGCUAAGGAAGGGAAGGCGGCCCCCGCGCUGCCGCAGCCGGCCACCGAGGAGCGGCGCCGGAGCCCGUUGGACCAGCUGCCGCCGCCCGCCAACUCCAACAAGCCGCUGACCCCCUUCAGCAUCGAGGACAUCCUGAGCAAGCCCUCCGCGCGCAAAGCCCCCGCCGCCCGCCUGCUGGACAAGGUCGCCGGCUCGGCCGGACCUCCCCGCAACGGCGUGCCCGCUCCCGCCUCUCCGCUCUGCGCCCUCGAGGAGCUGGCCAGCAAGACCUUCAAGGGGCUCGAGGUGAACGUGCUUCAGGCGGCCGAAGGCCGGGACCCACUGGGCGCCUUCGGGCCGCGGCAGCAGUCGAAAAAGCGUCGGAAGUCUCGCACGGCCUUCACCAACCACCAGAUCUACGAGCUGGAGAAGCGCUUCCUGUACCAGAAGUACCUGUCGCCCGCCGACCGGGACCACAUCGCGGCGCAGCUGGGCCUCAGCAACGCGCAGGUCAUCACCUGGUUUCAGAACCGCCGCGCCAAGCUGAAGCGGGACUUGGAGGAGAUGAAGGCCGACGUCGAGUCGCUCAAGAAGCUGCCCCCGGCCGCCCUGGAGAAGCUGGCCAGCAUGCCCGAGCUGGAGCCCCAGCCCCAGCCCCAGCCUGGCCGGGCCCGCGGGGGCAGCCUGCCCCGCGCCUCGCCCCCGUCUUCGCCCGGAGCCUCGCUCCGCGCCACGGACCCCUUCUCCGACGGCGAGGAGAACGACGACGACGAGGAGGGCGAGGAGGAGGACGAGGAGAUCGACGUGGGGGACUGAGAGCCUCGCGCGGGGCUAGCCCGCUCCCCCAGCAUCGAACCAAGGGACAGGGGUUGAACCGUUGGACCCUGUACCUCCCUCUCUUUCUCCCGCCUCACCGCCAGCAAAGGGGCUUCAGACGGCGCCCCAGCCCAAGAACAGAGAGUCCCCACUUUCGACGUCCUGCACCCCAAUUCCCUAACGCCCCAGGAUUCCAUUCAACCCGCUUUCCCUCCAUCUUUAUCCCCCCCCCCUCCAUUCAUCCCUUGCCCCGUCCCCGGCCACCCUGCAUGUCGUCCAUACGUUGCCCGACACAUGCCUGCCUGCACCUCAGAUUCCCCCCCCCCUUAUUCUGGCCCCAGCAGCCCAGCUGACCCCACCCCGUCCUCCUUCUUCGGUCACUGACGUGGAAGAUUUGGUGCAAUUUCUUUUUCUAAAAAAUCAAUUAAUUUUAUUAUUAUUAUU